UUGGGCCGCUCCUUCCGGGCUGGCAGGCGGGUAAGUGGUCGUGCCGCGGCCAUGGAUGGCGAUCCUCCACCGGUGGAGGAGCGGCGGCGGCUGCGGGAGGAGCUGAGCGAGUUCGUGGAGAGCUGCUGCCGGACGCUGGAGGAGGUGACGGCGUCGCUGGGCUGGAGCCUGGACCGGCUGGACCCCGGGGAGGAGGAGGCGGCCGAGGAUGAAGUUGCCAUAUGCCCUUAUGAUUCCAAUCAUCGCAUGCCUAAGUCGUCUCUAGCAAAGCACAUGGUAUCUUGUAGAUUGAGGAAACUGGGCUAUACCAAAGAAGAAGAGGGUAAAAUGUAUAAUUCUGACUUUUUCUAUGAGAAUGCGAAGAUACCUUCAGUUACCUUGAAUAAGGACUCACAAUUCCAGAUAAUUAAACAAGCUAGAGAUGCAGUUGGAAACGAUGGUGAUUAUUAUAAUCAAAGGAUGUAUUCUUCAUUGCCUGUUGAAGUUCCUCUGAAUCACAAACGGUUUGUUUGUGAUCUAACCCAAGCCGAUCGUCUUGCCCUCUAUGAUUUUGUAAUCGAGGAGACAAAGAAAAAACGGUCAGAUUCUCAAAUUAUUGAAAAUGACAGCGAUCUCUUUGUAGACUUGGCUGCCAAAGUCAAUCAAGAUAAUAGUCGAAAAAGUCCAAAAUCUUACCUUGAAAUCCUGGCAGAAGUGAGAGAUUAUAAAAGAAGACGCCAGUCCUAUAGAGCUAAGAAUGUUCACAUAACCAAGAAGUCAUAUACUGAGGUGAUUCGGGAUGUGAUCAACGUGCACAUGGAGGAACUCGGCAGCCAGUGGCAGGAGGAGCAGGAGAAUGCAGAGGAUGAUGCGGAGAAGAAUGAAGAAAGGCGGUCGGCUUCAGUAGACUCACGGCAGUCUGGGGGAAGCUAUCUGGAUGCGGAGUGUUCACGACAUAGAAGGGAUCGGAGUAGGAGCCCGCAUAAACGCAAAAGAAACAAAGAGAAGGACAAACACUGGGACUCAAGAAGAAGGAAAGAGAGGGAUGGGGAAAGACAUCAUAGUCAUAAAAGAAGAAAGCAAAAAAUAUAAACGAAGUAUUUGUGCGUGUAUUAAUUAUGCUUAUGCCAUGGUAACCAGUAUGCUGAUGUUUUUAUCAUAAUUGCUUUGAGUAGGAGAAUGUGCUUACAUGAACUGUUCAGUGCUCAGAUCAUUAUUUUUCAACCAAUACUUACAUCUCAAACCAUGAGUACAUUGAUUAUGCCCUAGAAAUUUGUUUUCCUUAUAUUUUAAUGGAUGAUUGCCUCCUAUUACUGAUUUUGUUUCAUUCUUUUUUUGAUAAUUUAUGUUUCAGAAAAUUCUUUAAUUAAAGUGAAUAUUUAAACUAUAUAACUAAUACAUAAAUGCAUUCUUACUGUAAAAAAUUAAACCUUGGGCUUCCCUGGUGGCGCAGUGGUUGAGAAGUCCGCCUGCCGAUGCAGGGGACACGGGUUCGUGCCCUGGUCCAGGAAGAUCCCACAUGCCGCGGAGCGGCUGGGCCCGUGAGCCAUGGCCGCUGAGCCUGCGCGUCCGGAGCCUGUGCUCCGCAAUGGGAGAGGCCACAACAGUGAGAGGCCCGCGAACUGCAAAAAAAAAAAAAAAGAAAAAGAAAA